AUGAAAGUCAAGAUCAAAUCAGCUACUAUGGUUGCCUACUGGUCCUGGGAUGUUGGAGACAAUGACAUUUGUGGCAUUUGCCAAUCGUCCUUUGAUGCGACUUGUCCAAAGUGCGAGAUGCCUGGAGAAGAGUGUCCCUUGAUUCAUGGCGAGUGCGGGCAUACGUUUCACCUUCAUUGUUUGCACCAGUGGUUGGCAAGUUCCACAAAUGGUGAGCAAUGCCCAAUGGAUCGACGACCAUGGCGAACAGCAGAAGCAGCACGUGGAUAG